AUGGGAGCCGCUACGAACAACGAGGUCCAUGGUGCCUCGACUAAGGGCAUACGGAUAGCCAUUGACCGUGGUGGAACCUUCACAGACUGCGUCGGCAAUCCGGGCACAGGCAAGAUGGAAGACGACGUAUUGAUCAAACUGCUUUCAGUCGAUCCACAGAACUACGACGAUGCGCCAUUAGAGGGCAUCAGGCGUCUGCUGGAGAAGUUUACUGGCAAGGGCAUACCGAGAGGUGAACCUUUAGACACGAGCAAGAUCGAAAGCAUACGGAUGGGCACAACGGUCGCCACAAACGCAUUGCUAGAAAGGAAAGGCGAGGACAUUGCAAUGGUGGUUACGAAGGGCUUCAAGGACUGCUUAGAGAUUGGCAACCAAAGCCGACCGAAUAUCUUCGAUCUGGCGAUCAGGAAGCCGGACGUCUUAUACAAGAAGGUACUUGAGAUUGACGAGCGAGUCACAUUAGAAGACUACGCAGAAGACCCAGAACGGAAGAAUACAGGUGCCAAGACAAUUCAAGAGGCGGGCAACCACGCAGAGCUGGUCAAAGGACUUAGUGGUGAGACAGUGCGGAUACUACAACGACCGAAAGAGGAGACGAUUCGAGAGCAGCUGCAAGAGCUUUUUGACUCAGGACUAAAGAGCAUCGCUGUAUGCCUUAUGCACGGAUAUACGUACCCUGUGCAUGAAGCUUUGGUUGGUAAGAUCGCCAGGGAGAUUGGCUUUGAACAUGUGUCGCUUUCGCACGAGCUCAUGCCUAUGAUCAAGCUGGUUCCCAGAGCGACAUCUGCGUGCGCUGAUGCCUAUCUCACCCCAGCUAUACGGAAGUACAUUGAUGGAUUCCAAAAGGGCUUCGAGGGUGGCCUUGGCACGGAGAGCGUGAAGAACGAAGCAGGUGCGAAGGGAGCAAGAUGCGAGUUCAUGCAGUCUGAUGGAGGUCUCGUGGAUGUGGACAUCUUCAGCGGGCUGAGGGCUAUUCUGUCGGGACCAGCAGGAGGUGUGGUCGGAUAUGCACUUACGAGCUACGAUCCCGAGACGAAGAUUCCUGUGAUUGGCUUCGACAUGGGAGGUACCUCGACUGAUGUGUCGCGAUAUGGCAGCGGAAGAUAUGAUCAUGUAUUCGAGACGACGACCGCAGGCGUAACAAUCCAAUCGCCACAGCUGGACAUCAAUACAGUCGCAGCAGGUGGAGGAUCGCGACUAUUCUGGAAGAAUGGGCUGUUCGUCGUUGGGCCUGAAAGUGCAGGCGCUCACCCAGGACCUUCUUGCUAUCGAAAGGACGGACCGCUCACGAUCACCGACGCGAAUCUCUUCUUGGGCCGGCUCCUACCAGAUUUCUUCCCGAAGAUCUUCGGCAAGAAUGAGGACGAAGGUCUGGACGAGCAAGCAAGCAAGAAGUUGUUCGAGGAGCUUACCGCGCAGAUCAACAAGGAGAACGCAGGUUCCAACAAGGAAAAGGAGAUGACUGCAGACGAGGUGGCGCACGGCUUCAUCAAGAUCGCCAACGAGACGAUGACGAGACCUAUCCGUUCUUUGACUGAAGCACGUGGACACGACACAAGUAAGCACAGAUUGGCUACGUUCGGAGGUGCCGGUGGACAACACGCUGUUGCGAUUGCAGAAGCACUUGGCAUCACCCAGAUCCUCAUCCAUCGAUACUCUUCGGUACUCUCUGCAUAUGGAAUGGCACUUGCAGAUGUGGUGGAUGAGAGGCAGGAGCCAGAAUCAAGGAUCUGGUCUGACAAUGACCAAGAAGUAAGGAGAUAUCUUGAGAACAAGUUGAACGAGCUCAAAAAGAAGUCGACUGGCACACUUAAGGACCAAGGAUUCUCGGAAGAUCAGAUUCACUACGAGGAGUAUCUCAACAUGCGGUAUCGCGGGACUGAAUCGGCACUCAUGGUUGUCAAGCCUACGAAAGAGGAAGUCGGCACCGACUAUGACGGCGACGAAUGGGCAUUCGGCAAGGCUUUCGCCAGGCAGCACGAGCAAGAAUUCGGGUUCACUCUCCCAGACCGGGAUAUCAUUGUCGAUGAUGUACGUGUCAGGAGCAUUGGCAAGACCUUUGAAGGACUCGAGAAGACCGUCGAUCAUCAGCUGAACGAGAUCAAGCCCAGAGACGUUGAGAACGGUGAGAAAGCCUAUGGUACAAAGUCUGUCUACUUCGAAGGCGGUCGACAAGAGACAUCGGUCUACAAGCUCGAAGAUCUCGAGGUUGGUGACCGGAUCAAGGGCCCAGCUAUCAUCGCAGACGGAACACAGACUAUUGUUGUGACACCAGAAGCAACAGCACUUCUCAUCAACACGCACGUCGUGAUCAACCUUGGCGAAACUGACGCGCAGGAGAAGAAAGUCGACACCAAAAACGUUGAUCCGAUCAUGCUAUCAAUCUUCGCCCAUCGCUUCAUGGCCAUCGCAGAACAAAUGGGUCGAGCCCUUCAGAAAACAUCAGUCAGCACCAACGUCAAGGAACGACUUGACUACUCUUGCGCGCUCUUCGACGCAGAUGGAGGUCUCGUGGCCAAUGCACCUCAUUUGCCUGUACAUCUUGGCAGCAUGUCCACUUGUGUGAAGAAGCAGUCCGAGAUCUGGCAAGGAAAGCUCAAAAAGGGCGACGUCCUUGUUUCCAAUCAUCCCAUGUUCGGCGGUACACAUCUUCCCGACAUCACCGUCAUCACGCCCGCCUUCUCUGGUGAUAACAUCGUCUUCUACGUUGCUUCGCGGGCCCACCACGCAGACAUUGGGGGAAUCCUUCCUGGCUCUAUGCCACCGCAUUCCCGAGAACUCUUCCAGGAAGGCGCGGCAAUCAAAACUGAGAAGCUCGUAUCCGAAGGCCACUUCAAUGAAAAGCGAAUCACUGAACUGCUCCUUGACGAACCAGCACAAUAUCCUGGGUGCUCUGGCACUCGUUGUUUGGCCGACAAUCUCAAUGACCUCAAAGCCCAGAUCGCCGCAAACCAGAAAGGCAUAAAUCUCAUCUCAACUCUGAUCGAGGACUACGGCGAAGACGUCGUGCAAUUCUACAUGCGCAACAUUCAAGACAACGCUGAACUCUCAGUCCGCAAGCUCCUCAAGGACGUCUCGCAUCGCUUCUCAGGCCAGGAUCUCUCCGCGAUCGACUACAUGGAUGAUGGCUCUCCAAUCCAGCUCAGAGUCACAAUCGACGCAGAAAAGGGCGAAGCGAUCUUCGACUUUACAGGAACCGGGCCAGAAGUCUACGCCAACACCAAUGCUCCCGAAGCCGUCACCUACUCCGCUAUAAUUUACUGCCUCCGAUGUCUCAUCAGUGAAGACAUACCAUUGAACCAAGGAUGUCUCAAACCGGUCCAGGUGAUCAUUCCUCCCAAAUCAUUCCUCUCACCAUCAGGCACGGCAGCCGUUGUUGGUGGCAACGUCUUGACGUCUCAAAGAGUCACCGAUGUGGUUCUAAAGGCAUUCCAAGCUUGUGCUGCAUCCCAAGGCGACACAAAUAACCUCACCUUCGGAUUCGGAGGCAAUGUCAGUGGAGAGAAAUCCGUCCAAGGAUUCGGAUACUACGAGACGAUUGCAGGAGGAUCUGGAGCAGGGAGGACUUGGGAUGGUACGGAUGGUGUUCAUACACAUAUGACCAAUACGCGAAUUACUGAUUCGGAAGUCUUCGAGAGAAGAUACCCUGUCUUGCUCAGGGAGUUUAGUUUGAGGAAAGGAAGUCAUGGAAAAGGACAACAUCGGGGAGGCGAUGGUGUGGUAAGAGAUAUUGAAUUCAGAAUCCCGGUACAAGUCUCGAUUUUGUCCGAGAGAAGAGUCUAUCAUCCUUAUGGACUGGCAGGUGGCGAGGAUGCGGCCUGCGGGAAGAACAUUUGGGUAAGGAAGGUGCCUAAGGUCAAGAGUAGUGAUGCAGAUGAGAAGUUGAAUGGCGAGAAGAAGACAAAUGGUGUCAAUGGUGAGAGUAAACAGGAGGAGGAAGUCCGUUAUAUCUCUCUUGGAGCAAAGAAUACCGCUUCUAUGCAAGCAGGAGAGCGGAUCAUUGUGAUGACGCCCGGAGGUGGUGGAUGGGGUCCUGUCGGCAAGGCUAGCGAGGCCGAGAAGAAAGCUGAUCCUAAGCAUAAUUGGAGGGGAGGGAGCGUUGCGAAUCGACAGGCGGAGGCAGAGGCUAGUGCGUAG